AUGCUCUGGAGCGCGCGCUGUGUCAAGAGCAGAAGGGAUGAAUGGUGGGCGCCGUCUUUGACGUCGGCAGUCCUCACCAUGUUCGCGCACCUCGCAGCCAUUCUGUCUCUCGCACUGAUGUUCGCCUCUGGCGUGUCGGCCGUGCCUUGCGCCGUCUGCCCAUCCAGCAUCGUUUUCCGCGGCGUCGUUCGCACCCUGACGACUGUCCGCCAGGACAGCGGCAACACCGUCCAAUGCAGCUUUAACACUCCGCCCAUCGCCGGAUUCUCGCCGGCCUGUGUUUUUACGAACUCGUUCGGAACUUUGACGUUCGACAACACGGGUGGAUCGUGCCCCAGUACGACUACACUCACGACCAAGUCAUCAUGCUGAGCACAUUGGGCUCUGAUCUGGAUGCCAUGCAUAGCCCUGAAAUGUACUGCCUGCUUUUUUGAAUCAAGAGGGGAAUGGUGUGAACCAUCGUUUUUUACGUCCCAUCUUCGAUCCAGUGUUUUACGAUUAUCUUCUCAAC